GUCAAAAUAAAUCGUAUUAUGAAUAAAAUGGGUAUUAUUACUAAAAAAUAAUAGAAUGUAAUAUAUACAGAUAAUGUUCAAUUUUAAAAAAUAGUUGGUCUAUUUUUAUUUUUUGAAUUGAAUUAUAAAAUGUACAAUGAGUCGGUUUUAUAAAAGAAUUUUAAUUAUUUUGUCCGGUGUAGUUUUUACAAUUGUUUACUGCGAAUACCUUAUAUAUUAUGUAGUAAUAGCACAAUGUGGUUGGCAGUAUCUUGGAAAAACAGAAGGAAACAUAGAUUUAUUAAAAACUUUAAUAUUGACUGACAUACAUUUACCUGGACAUAUUAAGAGUUCCUGGUUGGACAGAUGGAGACGGGGUUGGCAAAUGCAUCAAUCAUUUAAAACUAUAAUUAAACUGCAUGAACCAGAUGUCAUAUUCAUUCUAGGAGAUAUCUUUGAUGAAGGAGAGUUGAGCAGUGAUGAAUAUUUCAUGGAUUAUGUUGAUAGAUUUUAUGACACAUUUGUGAUACCAGAGAAUAUAAAAAUGUACACGAUUGUUGGUAAUCAUGAUAUUGGAUUUCACAACAAUAUUAAACCUGGAUUUGCAGAGAGAUUUGCGAGAUUAAUGAAAUCUCCUCCAGUACAGUUUGUUACUAUAAAGAACACUCAUUUUAUAUUGAUCAACUCAAUGGCUCUAGAAGGAGAUUCUUGUCAACUUUGCACAGAAGCCCGACAUAGCAUUAACAAUAUUUCAGAAAUCUUACAGUGCUGUGAAUUUCCUGAUCGGUGCAGUAGUGACAUAGUUUUUCGAAACUACAGUAGACCCAUAUUGCUGCAGCAUUUCCCUUUGUUCAGGUUAUCAGAUGCAAUUUGUACAGAACCUGACGCGCCACCUAUAUCAGAUAAAUACACGCCAUUUAGACUGAAAAUUGAUGCGUUGUCAAAGGAAGCGACGCAAGACCUUGUUUUCAAGUUAAAGCCCAGAGUUGCAUUUGAUGGGCACACUCAUUAUGGGUGUUUACAACAUCAUUCCUAUAACGUAAAUAAUGACAAUAUUGAUUUCUUUGAAUAUACAGUGCCAUCAUUUUCAUGGAGGAAUAUUCCAGAACCAAAAUACAUGCUGGUAACAAUUACACCCAAUACAUAUGCAGUAAAUAAGUGCAGUCUACCAAGGGAGACUACGAUAAUUAUCACAGCUAUAAUCUUAUUUACUCUCACAUUUCUUUGUGCAUAUCGCUACAAAAUUUCGCUUGGAAGGGGUUUCAGUCAAAUGAAAAAGUAUAAUCUUGUAAAUUAAUCUCAU